CAAUUAUUUCUAUUACCUCUAGGCGUCGCUGCAGUGUUAUUGAUACCAUUAGAGACAGCCGCUUGGAACGACGGGAAGGGAAAUACCUAGCUUCGAAAAGUUUGUGUGGAGACUGUCAUUCCGGAACAGGGGAUCGGUUUUCUGGCAAUAAGUCGAGAUAAACUUUAGGUUCCAAGAUGAUGCGGAACGUCCACUUGGUGCCUGAAGACGAGGAUGACAUCUACUCGGGUUAUAACGACUACAACCCGCAGUUUGAUGAAGACAUCGACAACGAUGAAGGUUUCCAACAGGCGGUCAAAACCAGCCACGGACGCAGGCCACCGCCGACUGCCUCCGUGAAGCCCGUGCUGGGCGCAGGUCCGCGACCGCUGGGGACGGCAGCACAGCGUAUGAAGACUGGCAUGGUGUCGUCCAUGGGACGUCCUACUACAGGGGCACAGGAGGGAGUGGCGCGGCCCAUGACAGCAGUGCGAGCAGCUGGUUACUCGUCUGCGCCACGAGGUAUGCAGUUUGACCCUCUGAACCAGGCUAAGGGCCCGGCACCCCCACUGGAGGCUAAGGCUGAAGACAGCCCUGAAGAGAAAGUGAAACAGCUGGAGAAGAAAGUGAUGGAGUUGGUGGAGGAGAGCUGCAUGGCCAACAGUCGGGCUGAGUUCAGUCUGGCGCUGGAGAAGGCGAAGGAAGCGGGACGACAGGAGAGACAGCUGGUCCGACAGCGGGAACAGCUGGCGUCCGGAGAACAGAUCAACCUGGAUCUUACGUACUCGGUUCUCUUCAACCUAGCCAAUCAGUAUGCAGCUAACGAGAUGUAUAACGAGGCCCUGAACACGUACACGGUCAUCGUGAAGAACAAGAUGUUCAGUAACGCGGGGCGUCUGCGCGUCAACAUGGGGAACAUCUACUUCAAGCAGCGCAACUACGCCAAGGCCAUCAAGUUCUACCGCAUGGCUCUGGACCAGGUUCCUACUGCACACAAGGAAAUGAGGGCACGUAUCAUGCAGAACAUCGCGCUGGUGUUUAUCCGUAUGGGGCAGUACUCGGACGCUGUCACAACCCUGGAACACGUCAUGAACGAAAAACCUGACUUCAAGUCUGGGUUUAAUCUCAUCCUGUGUUACUUUGCGCUGGGGGAUCGUGAGAAAAUGAAGAAGACUUUCCAGCGCCUGCUCAACUGUGCUCUCAACAUCGACGACGAGGACAAAUAUCUGCCCCAUCCUGAUGACAAGCACUACAACAUGAUCCUGGAGGUGAUUAGGAACGACACUCUGAGACAGAUGGAGAGAGAGAAGAAAACAUACGCAGAGAAGUGCAUCAUGGCGGCAGCCAAGGUGAUCGCGCCCGCCAUCGAGAGCUCCUUCGCAGCAGGUUACGACUGGUGUGUAGAGCAGGUCAAGACGUCUCCCAGUUUCCUGGAGAUGGCCAACGACCUUGAGAUCAACAAAGCCAUCAUGUACCUAAAGCAGAAGGACUUCAACCAGGCUGUUGAGACCCUUAAGUCGUUUGAGAAGAAGGACUCCAAGGUGGCCUCCACUGCUGCCACCAACUUGUCUUUCCUGUACUUCUUGGAGAAUGAGAUUGGCCAGGCAGACAAAUACGCUGAAGUUGCCAUGACAGCGGACAGGUACAACCCCUCAGCCCUGGUCAACAAGGGAAACUGUGUGUUCAUGCAAGGUGAACACGAGCGGGCGCGGGAAUUCUACCAGGAGGCUCUCAGGAACGACUCCACCUGCACCGAGGCUCUCUACAACCUAGGUCUGACCUACAAGAAGAUAGGACGUCUUGAAGACUCGCUGGACUGCUUCCUUAAGCUCCACGCCAUCCUGAGGAACAGUGCUCAGGUUAUCUACCAGAUAGCUGACCUAUAUGACCUUCUGGAGGACACAGCGCAGGCCACGGAAUGGUUCAUGCAGCUGAUAGGGGUGGUCCCUACGGACGCCUUCGUACUGGCCCGACUGGGAGAGAUCUACGACAACGAGGGGGACAAGACACAGGCCUUCCAGUACCACUAUGAGUCCUUCCGCUAUUUCCCGUCCAACAUUGAGAUAAUUGAGUGGCUGGGUGCAUACUAUAUCGACUCCCAGUUCUGUGAGAAGGCCAUACACUACUUCGAACGAGCUGCAGUCAUUCAACCAAGCCAGGUGAAAUGGCAGUUGAUGGUGGCCAGCUGUCACAGGAGGAGUGGUAACUACCAGCAAGCCCUUGAGACCUACAAGGAAAUCCACAGUAAAUUCCCAGAGAAUGUUGAAUGCCUGCGUUUUCUGGUGCGACUUUGUAACGACCUUGGACUGAAGGAGGCCCAGGAUUACGCCACCAAACUUAAGAAGGCAGAAAAGGCCAGAGAACUGAGAGAACAGCAGGACGGCUCUCACCGGGGAGAUCGUGCCAGUAGUGGGUCUCGUCGCGGUAGCGGGCGCGGUAUACGGGAACACAGCGCCGGGAGUGACAGGGCCAGUUCUGCAGACUCAGGACGGGGCGGCAGCGGGGGCAGCAGGGGAGGCAGCGCCCGGGCGGGGAGCGCGUCCCGUGGCGGGAGCGCCCGUAGCGGCAGCGGACGGAUGAGACUCCCCGAUUCCAACGAGCCUUACGAAGCCACCAGGAGGGAAGUGGAUGCCUCGUAUGUUGACCCCCUGGGCGCGGCCGCGGAGCGACCCAAGACCGCGGCACGGCAGCGUGGUCAGCAGCCGGAGGACGAGUUUGGGGAUGAAGAGCUGGGAGACGACCUUCUGCCAGACUAGAUCCUCAGUCUCUAACAGCCCACUAGAGAACUUAUACAACAUAGAUAUAUUAUUCUGUGUAUCUCUAGUUAGGAAAUGUGCAUUAAGCUCCAUAGAUUAAAACAGAGUUUGUAUUGUGAAAGGAGAAAUGUCCACAAUUGUUUUAUGUCCAUGGUUUUAUUGGUGACCCCUUCAAUGCCCAAGUUAUGACUGAAUAACACUGCCCAAGUUAUGACAUUGUUGGUGUCUUCUACCCGCCUACCCACAACUGUUUCAACUGCAAAAUAAUGUAAAACCACCGCAAACACUCCAUUUUCUCCUUGCUGCUGGCAUCCUACCAUUUUGUGUAGAUGAGAAAACCAUCAUGCUGAGCUUUCUUACCAUCUUUUAAAUGCUACACUUUUAUAAUUCUCUGUGGUGAGAAAACUGUUAGCCAUUGUGUCGACUAAAUGGGUAGGAAAGUAUGUUACUAAAAUAAGUGGGCGAUGUGCACUGAUAUAUUACCAAAUGUAUUGAGCAUAUUACUCGCCUGUAUGUAAAUGUAGUACUGUAACAACAUGUAAAUGUAGUACAGCAUGUAAAUGUAGUACAACAUGAAAAUGCCUGCAAACUAACGUAGAUGGUCUGACAUACCAAUAAAGUAUGGUAUGACUUAUGAAACUACAA